ACGCCUUUGGUUUAAAUUCUCAUAUUUUGCUCUGGUUUUUGUUACAGCUGCAGCUGGGAAGGGUGACUCGAGUUCAGAAGCACCGGAAGAUCCUGAGGGCAGCAAGAGACUUGGCACUAGAUACCCUUAUAAUUGAGUAUCGAGGGAAGGUUAUGUUACGACAGCAAUUCGAGGUCAAUGGGCAUUUCUUCAAAAAGCCAUAUCCCUUUGUGCUGUUCUACUCCAAGUUCAAUGGCGUUGAAAUGUGUGUUGAUGCCCGCACCUUUGGUAAUGAUGCCAGGUUCAUCAGGCGUUCCUGUACUCCAAAUGCAGAGGUUCGUCAUGUGAUUGCUGAUGGGAUGAUCCACCUGUGUAUCUAUGCUGUUGCCACCAUUGCCAAGGACACAGAGGUUACCAUCGCCUUUGACUAUGAGUACAACAUCUGCAACUAUAAAGUGGACUGUGCGUGUCACAAGGGGAACCGGAAUUGCCCUGUGCAGAAACGUAGCCCAAAUGCUGCAGAACACCUACCUCCACCUGUUUUAGGCACACUGAUUGGGGCAGAAACACGCCGGCGAAAAGCCCGUCGAAAGGAACUAGAAAUGGAACAGCAGGGCAUUGCAUCGGAUGAGAACAGUAGUCAACAAACGGAGGAAGUUCCUGAGGGACCUGCAGCAGUCAGUGACAAUGAGGUGACAGAGAAGGAGGAGAAACAAGAAGGGGAGAAGGAGGAGCCUGUAGAUGAACAGGGAGCCUUGGUGCACAACCGACGGUCCCGAGAAGACAGGAAAGUAGAAGCCAUCAUGCACAUGUUUGAAAACUUGGAGAAGAGAAAGAGGAGACGAGAGCAACCAUCAGACCGUAACAGCACCGAUGCUGAAAUCAACAUCAAUUCUGAGGCUCCUGAGCUGGAGGAAAUAAAAACAGAGACUCCUGAAACUGAAGAUGGAAGUGCAGCACUGAGUGCUGCUGCUCCAAAUGUUUCUAACAGUAACAGCAGUACUGGAGUGAACACACGACGGUCUUCACAAGUAGCGGAUGCUGUCCCUGAAAAAACAGUUACUAAGCCACCUCCAGCAAAACCCUCCAGGCCCCGACCAAAAAGUCGCUUCUCUCGAUACCGGACCAGUUCAGCACAAAGACUGCGAAGGCAGAAACAAGCCAGUUCCCAGCAAGCUGAACUCGCACAGGCUGUCCCAGAGGAAGGAAGCACUGCCAGCUUGGUAACCGCAACAGAUGUCAGCAAUGUAGAAGGUCCAGGAGAAGGCAGACAGUUGACGGGAUCUGACCCAACUGUUGUCCUGGCUGCGGGAUCUCAGUCUAAUCGAGCUGCAGUAAAGUACCCCAAAACUAAAAAGUAUCUUGUUACCGAAUGGCUGAAUGACAAGGCAGAAAAGCAGGAGUGCCCUAUUGAAUGCCCUCUGCGCAUUACUACAGACCCAACAGUUUUGGCAACUACCCUAAAUAUGUUGCCAGGUCUCAUCCACUCCCCGCUAAUUUGUACCACACCUAAACACUACAUUCGUUUUGGUUCACCUUUCAACCCUGAGAGACGUCGAAGGCCCUUCCUGUUGGAUGGAAUUUACAGCUCCUGUAAAAAGCGCUGGAUCAAACAAGCCCUGGAAGAGGGGAUGACUCAGACCUCACCAGCUCCACAAGAGAACAGAACCCAAUGUCUAUACCAAAGUAACGAGAACAGCAGUUCUUCCAGCAUCUGCAAAGAUGACACAGACUUGCUGAGUCCCCUGAAGAAAUGGAAGUCUCGCUACUUGAUGGAGCAGAAUGUUAAGAAGUUGCUGAGGCCGCUGUCUCCUGUCACCCCUCCACCUGCCAUCCCUUCAGUUCCUGGCUCAGUGAGCCCCCAGCUGACUACGCCCUGCUCAUCGCUGCCAGGAGAGGAGGAGAGUCGCAACGGUUAUGGCAUGAUGUUCUCACCGAUUCCUUCUCUGGCUGCUAGUCGCUGCAAUACUCCACUACAGUUUGAGAACGUAUCCUCCCCUGAGAGUUCGCCUGCGCAUAGGCCUGAGUCCAUGUCACCCGAGGUCUGCCUCCGGUCCGACCUGGAUUUGAAGGGUGGGUACCUGGAUUCCGGUGCAAACACCUGCCCAGAACGACCAUCGCUGCUCACCUUUGGAUCCUCUGAUCUGGCUCCACAACCCUCCAUAAACUCUACUUCAGAGAUGAACUUCCCAGGGAAAAGUGGGGAAGCACAGAUGCUGCUACGAAGCUCUGAUCAGGCUUUUCGGACAGAGUUUAAUUUAAUGUAUGCCUUCUCCCCAUUGAACGCUAUGCCACGUGUAGAUGGGUUGUUGCGGGGAUCUGCUCCUUUGGGAGAGAGGAAGCCAAUGAAUUCGGAAGCAGGAUGCUGCAGCUCUCCUGCCGAAGGAUAUUUCAGCAGACACGAGUCAGGGCUGCUUAAAGAGACGGUGCAUGGAUCCAUGUCUCCCUGCGGCGAGAGGGCUUGUGAAGGCGUCAGAUCUGCUCCCCAGAAUCCACCACAAAGGAAGAAGGUAUCUCUACUAGAAUAUCGCAAGCGGAAACAAGAAGCCAAGGAGGGAGGCGAUUCAAUGCGAUGUACAGGGACUCCUACCCGACAGGGCAGCAGCAGUUCUGUGACUGACACAGAUGGCAACAGCCUGCCGGGCUCCGUAGUACGAACCCCAUCCUCCCCACAAAGUGGCUUCUCCCCUUCUCAUCCCUCCCUGCCUCAUGUAGAGGACAUCAGCCCACCAGACUCGAGGGGGGCUAGUUCCUCAACAUCACUCAGCAAAUCCCAGGAGAACAUCAGCAGUAGGUGGAUGGUCCCAACAUCAGUGGAGAGGCUUCGAGAGGGCCGAGGCAUACUUGAGAAGGUGCUGCGAAGUGGCGCAAAGGUAUCCCAGAGAAAUGAGUCCUCACCCACUUGUGACGGUGCUGUUGAGAGAGAUGCAGACACAGCAGAAGGAGACACUCCAGAAGCCCACAAAGGACCAGCAGUUUACAGCCCUUCACGAUACAGCUACCAGCUCCUGCAGUCUGACAGCCCCCAGGCAGAAUCACAGACCCUUCUCCAGCAGAGUUCCUCCCCAUACAGAGGACACCUCACUCCAUCUCCUGGAUACAGCUAUCGAGCAGCAGCACAGAGGACAGCACACAGCCUCUCUCAUGGUUCCUCGGAAACAUCCCUCUCCUCCACCUCGUACUCCAGCCCUGCCCACUCAGUCUCCACAGACUCCUCUGCCCUGUUUGCAGGGAAUUCGGGGUAUUACAGCAGCCACCAGCAGCACUCUGGCAGGGGCGGCAGCAGCCUCCUGAAGAAGAGCUGCCCCGCUGCUGCCAGCCCAGCACAGCAGACAGCUGUGGACUCUCUUUCCUCUGAGUCGGGCUCCCAGCCCUGCACAGGCACAUCGGGCUCGACCUCUGCUCCCCAAAGCGCUAGGUCACUACAGUCAGACUUGCGGACUAUCAGUCUACCAAAUUCUGGGCAGUCUGUUCUCUACCAGGGCUCUCGGGGGGCAGUGAUUUCCAAUGCACAACACUAUCCGCACCGUGGGGGAAGCAGUGUCCAUCAGUACAGACUUCAGCAGCUUCAAGGUUCUGGAGUAAAGACUCAAACAGGACUUUCCUAGGGCUGCCUGGACUCCAGGAGGACAAAACUGCCCAUAGCUCCUUCCAGGCAUCUCUGGAAGUGGCUCCUGGGCCAGUGUUGGGAGCUUGCACCUGAUGCUGGGGUGCCAGGGGUCAGAGGCUAAGGUCUGAAAUGCACGGGUGAGAUUUGUGAGCAGUAUUGGCCUCUGGCCUUGUAGGAGAACACAGAUUUCUCUGAGGCAGAGACUGUAGCAAAGCUGUUCCCUGAUGCCUGGGUACA